AUGGCAUCUUCCGGAGGAUCUAAUGUUACUAAUGAAGUGGAUAGAUCAUUGAGGCGUGGGUCAAACGAUGUUGGAUGGGACUUUGCGGUGUUGGAGGAUCCACACAACUUAGAUAAGUUGAAGUCCACAAUAGAGGGAGCAAAAAUUAAGAGAAUGCAAAAGGAUAUGCAUGAGAAGGAAGUGAGGGAAGAAGUUGAAGUUUCUCAAUCACAUGAUGUAGAAGAUGUAGAAAUUGAAGGGACAAGUUUGUCAAGAAAAAGGCCGCACUUUCUUGGGCCUAUAGACAAGUUUGCAUCUUCAAUCACUCCCGAGGAUUCAAUUGAUGGAAGCAAGAAGAUGCGUCAACAAAACAUUAAUGAUGCCAUUUGGAAGGAAAGAACACAUAGUGUGCAUCAAUGGUUGGCUAGGUGGGUGUAUGAAGCCAGCAUUCCAUUUCAUGUCAUUGAUAAUGAUAGCUUCAAAAGAUUUGUAGAAGCGGAAGAGGUUGAGAGGACUAAAAAUUCACUCAAGAAGCAUGAAGAAGAGUGGGCAAAGAAUGGUUGGUCCAUUAUGACCGAUGCUUGGAGUGACCGAAAAAGAAGAAGCAUUAUGAACUUGUGUGUCAAUUGCAAGGAAGGCACUACUUUUCUUUCUUCAAGGGAAGAUUCGGAUCAAUCACACACCAGGGCUUAUAUCUUUGAAUAUGUUGACAAAUGCAUUGAAGAAGUUGGGGCACAAAAUGUAGUUCAAGUAGUGACGGAUAAUGCUACUAACAAUAUGGCGGUGGGGAAUUUGUUGAAGAUAAAGAGGCCAAAUAUAUUUUGGACUUCAUGUGUCACUCAUACAUUGAAUCUCAUGCUUCAAGGGAUUGGUAACCAACCAAGAUUCAAAGGAGUGAUUGAGAAGGCAAAUGCAUUCACUAUCUUUAUCUAUGCACAUCACAAGACAUUGGCUUUGAUGAGGAAGCAUACAAAGAAAAGAGACAUAGUGAGGCCGGGAGUCACUAGAUUUGCCACUUUCUUCCUAACUUUGCAAAGCUUGAUGGAGAAGAAGAGUGAGUUGAGGUGCUUCGCCUUGUGGAUGGGGAUAAAAAGCCAUCAAUGGGCUUUUUGUAUGGAGAAUUACUCAAGGCAAAGGAAGACAUUAAAGAGGCAUUCAAACAUCAAGAGGCCAAUUAUAGAGAUUAUUGAUGAGAAAAGCCGUGGUCGUCUUGAUAGUCCAUUACAUUUGGCGGCUUACCUCUUGAACCCCUAUUACUUCUACAAGGAUGAAAACAUUCAAUAUGAUCAUGUUGUCAUGGAAGGGUUCUUUCUUUGUGUGGAGAAGUUCUUUCCCAAUGACCUUGAGACCCAAAGUGUGAUGACAAAUGAAGAAUUGUUGCUGUAUAAGAGCAAAGGGGGAGGAUUUGGAAGAGCAAUAGUUAAGUUGGGAUGUGCAAAGAAUGAUGACAAGUAUGAUCCGGUUGGAUGGUGGUCCAAUUAUGGAAAUGCAACACCCCAAUUGCAAAAAAUGGCUAGAAGAAUACUCUCUUUAACUACAAGUUCAUCCGGGUGCGAGAGAAAUUGGAGUACUUUUGAGGGAAUCAUCUACAAAAAGAGAAGGGCUCAAGAGUUGGGUGUAGAUGUGCUACUUGGUAAUGAAGCUAGCAAGGCUCAAGGGUGGAUUGUGGAUGGUGGUGAUGAAGAAGAUGACUCGGAUAUUAUUAGUGAAAUGGAGGGAGAGUCUUCGGGAGUGGAUAGUGGGCUUAGGAGAAGUUCUAGAAAUGUAGAGGUAAGAGAGCUUCAUGAUGAAGAUUUUGUAUCGGAUGAGGACACGGAAGAGGAGGGAGAAGAAGAGGAUGUUGAGUUUGAGUCCGAUACCGAAGGAGUCUUGGAUGGAUAUGGAGGGGAAGAGUUAGAGAUUUAG